UCCCACGUACGCGCUGGCGGUUGCCAGGUCGACGUCGGCUAAUUUUCCCAAAGUGGGCCGACGAAAACACACCCUUGCACCUCCGAUGAACCUCACCCAUUGCCAACCGCCAGCACCACUCACUCAGCACUCGCUCAACGCCCCAAGAUGCCUCCAAAAAUAAUAUACGGCAAGAAGAAGACAUCAGCCCGGCCACGGACAAGCUUCACAAACUUCAUUUCGCCAGAGAAGGCUGUCGUGCUGGCCGAGACUGAGAGCAAGAAGACGAACAGCAUCGCAAAGGAAAAUUGGCGGCAACAGCUUGAAGAUGCAGCACAAAGCACGACACAGAUAACGGAGAAAGACGGUGAUGUGGUGCUACUGGAGGACGGCUUGGGAAGUUUGUGCUUGGAGCAAACACAAACUACUGAAGACGAGGUUGUGCCAAAGAAAAAGUCCAAGUCACAGAAAGCCGAGCAAAAGUACAAGGCAGGCGAAACGAAACAGGAUGGCAUUGUGAUAGACGACGCUCUGGAGCUGAGCAUGAAGGCUUUAUCGAUCGACUACCCCGCGCAAGAGGACGCGGUAGCGCGGCAAAAGUCGGGUAAAAUGCGCAAAGUUCUCACAAAUCGGGAUGCAAAUGCUGGGAAGGAAUUCGACUGCCGGAAACAAGCUACUCAGAAACGACCAAAGCGAGUGAGUCUGGAGUGUAUAGAGCCCAAGAAAGAGGGCGACACACCUUUUCGGAAACAAAAACCUAGGGAAAAGGUGCAUUUGAAGCCGCAAUUGCCCACUCCCGAGCCAACACCCGAACCUGACGACAUCUACUCUGCAUAUGCUUCUCCGCUCUUGGCACUCAGCGAUAGAAGAAAGGUCUUCUCCUUUAAAGACUGGUCCGCAGAGCUGGAACCUCAUUUCGAGAUUACCAAGAUCGCAGAAGCUUCAUUCUCGGAAGUAUACCGUCUAUCAGCUACAUCAGCAACGAACGGCAUUAGGGAAGAGUCGGUACUGAAGGUUGUCCCGCUGAAGACGCCUCCAGAUGCACCUCUUCCAAGUCAACUGCAGACGCGAGCGGUUAGGGACCGAGAGGGCCAGGCAGCAAAAGAGAUGGCGGAGCGUGAGGAAAAGGACCAGUGGAAGUCCCAUGUCCCUGAUGUUCUCUCGGAGGUCAAACUCCUGCAGAACCUGAACCACAUUCCCGGCUUCACCGUCUUCCGCGACUUGACCAUUGUCCAAGGCCGGCCAUCGUCUUCCUUCAACAGCGCCUGGACCAGCUGGAACAAAUCAAGACCGCGGGGCAAGAAGAGUGAAUUUCCCGAUCCAAGCAAGAAAGCCAGCUACGACGACACGCAACUAUGGGCUAUCGUCGAAAUGCAAGACGCUGGCACGGACUGCGAGAAGAUCAUGGAACUUGGCGGCUUGGGCUCGAUAUGGGAAGUGUGGGAUGUCUUUUGGGGCGUCUGCUUGAGCGUCGCGAAGGCGGAAGAGGCGUGCAAAUUUGAACAUCGCGAUCUACAUCUGGGCAACAUUUGUGUUCGAUCUUCACGGCCGGAAGGUGAUACGAAGCAACCGAAUAUCAAGGACCCGUUACGGCGGAAGCUGCGUUUCACAGGCCUCGAAACAACAGUCAUCGAUUACACACUCUCCCGUGCGGAUAUUGUAUCUGCAUCUUCACGACGAUCUUCUGCCCUGUCCUCUGAAUCCACCGCCAACUCUUCGUCGAGCCUUGGGGUACCUGAGGCGGACGUUGCGUACCUUGACCUAGAUAAAGAUCCCGCUCUCUUCGAAGGCGACGCUUCCGAAGAAUACCAGUACGAAAUAUACCGCUACAUGCGCGGCGCAGCACUCUACAACAACCCUUUGCAAUCAGCUCCCACCACCGUUGUAGAAGCACCAGCGACCCCGCGCCGCUCGCCGCGAAAGAACACGCAUAUACGUUUCGACGAGGAAGACACUCCGCGUCGCUCGCCACGGAAAGCCGCAGCAGCUCAGAUUGAUGACGUGGCAACGAGGAAGACAGAGGUUGAAGGAGAUGUGUGGAGGGCGUUUUAUCCCAAGACAAAUCUCGUAUGGAUGCACUUCUUGCUGCACAAGCUCCUUAACCAUCUGAAAAGCUACAACGCCACGCCAGACCAGCUAUCAACCAAGGACAUCAUGCAGAACAUCGAUCUCAAUCUCGACACCGCCGACGAGCAGAAGGUCAAGAAGAAAGCUAUCAAUUUGUACAAGGUCUUGCUGAAAGUGAGCGAGCGGCUGUGUCCGGUUGCACUGGGUCGGGACGACGGCUUGAGCAGCGUGAAGGAAUUGGUUGUUUUGGCGCUUGAGGAGCGGUGGUUGAGAAUCGGUGAUGUUGCAGGGUAGACGUGCCUGUUAUGAUUUGAACGAAUGGAGACGACUUGCAUUUCUGGGUGUUCGUGGGAGUAUGGGUAUUG